AUGAAAUAAAAUAACUAUAUUCGACAUGGUUGCACAUAAACACCAACUCUCUAUCAAUUACUUACUUACUUGCUUUACUUUCCAAAUAUGUUAACCUGUUUCUUAUUAAUAUCUUUACUUGAUGAAUCUGCUACACAUUUUAUACUACUAGGACUUUUAACUUUACUAUCUUUGUUCUCUAGUAUUAAAACCACUCUUAGUUGUCCAACCGAUGAUUUUUUAAUAUAGCAAGUACAACAUCGUAGAAUGGGAAAACCUUUCAAUUAUGAAAGUUAAAAGCUAGAUUCAUAUUGUGACAUUUGUGAUGCGUAUGUGAAAGAAAAUACAAAGCAUUGCAAACAUUGUAAUAGAUGUUCUCAAGAGUUUGAUCAUCAUUGUAAAUGGGUCAAUAAUUGUGUUGGGAAUAAAAAUUAUAAAAUUUUUAUAAUGAUGAUAACGACAACCAUGCUUCAACUCUUUUACACAGCUAUUGUUUAUAUUAGAAUUAUAAAAUUAUAUAAUACUGAGCAUGAAAAACUAUUAAUAAACAAUGAAAUUCAAAAGUUUCAUUUUUAUGAUGAAAACGAUUUAGAUAUCAAAUACACACUCUCAAUAAUUAUGCUUGUGGAUUCCUCUAUUUUUUCUAUAUUGCUCUUCUAAUUAUUCAUUUUCCAUAUUUAUCUUAUGAUCAAAGGAAUCACCACUUAUGAAUUCAUAGUGAAAUCUGAUAUCAAAAGAAUAAAUCCAUAAAUUAAUGUUCUCAAUGUUAAACCUGAAGUAUUGCCAAAUGGAACUACAUAAACAAAUUUAAAUUUACAGGUGAACAAUAAAAAUACGAUGUACUUAAUCGAGUUAAAUUGUAGUGAAUAGUAAUUGGCCUAAGAACCUUAAGAAAAAUAGGGCAACUCAACAGAUAUAGUUUUCAAUAAUUAGGUCUUAGCAUGA